GUCAAGCUUUUUUUAACUUGCAACUUAGCAAGAUAGCAUUAGCAAGUUAGCAACAAUGGCAGCCAGCAAUGUCAUCUUCAACCUCUCAAGGUCACCGUUACCUCAAUCCCCGGCUUCACACUCUCUCAGUCCCUCCCUCAAAACCUCCAGGGUUUGCUUCACCUCCGCCUCGGAAUUCUCCAAGCAGGGUCGAAAUGCAACGGAGAAGAGUAUUGAUUACUCGAGUUCCCGCUGGGCGUAUGCCGGAAAGGACUGGAGUACUAAAGCAAAGCCAACCAUGGAAGAAGAUGUCGAAGAUGGCAAGCCACUCUUGGAGAAAAUUACGGGGGCAGCGACGGAGUACGCGGAGGAAACGAUGGAGAACGUGAAAGGCGCAUCGGAGGCUAUAUCGGGGUCUGCCACGGAAUAUGCAGAUGAUGCAAAGAAGAAGACAAAUGAGGCAGCGGAGACUAUAGCGGCCAAGGCGGAGGAGGGGACUAACAAGGUGGCGGAGCCGGAGACGACGGAGAGUGACAGUGAGAAGGUCAAGGAGACGGCGGAGAAUACAUAA